AUGGCGCUCCCAGUCGUGGAAGAGGGCAAGCUUCUCAGUGAGGCCCUUAACACCGUCAAAAUCCAAGUCCAGCAAAUGAAGCGCCAUCUUGAACUAGACCAGCUCAUGGAUGCCUUGAAGAGCGCAAGCUUGAUGCUUGCUGAGCUACGAACCUCGUCACUGUCGCCUAAACAGUAUUACGAACUAUACAUGGCCGUAUUCGACGCUCUACGAUACCUAUCCAACUAUCUCUACGAGGCGCAUACCCAGUCACGACACCACCUAGCAGACCUCUACGAGCUCGUCCAAUAUGCCGGCAACAUCGUUCCGCGACUGUAUCUUAUGAUCACCGUCGGCUCGGUUUAUAUGUCAAUUCCUGAUGCUCCAGUGAAAGAAAUCAUGAAGGAUAUGAUGGAGAUGUCGCGCGGUGUUCUGAAUCCUGUUCGUGGCCUGUUCCUGAGGCACUACCUGAGCGGCCAGACGAGGGAUCAUUUGCCAAUUGGACUGGAGCCAGGCCCGGCAGGGAAUCUUCAAGAUUCCAUUUCAUUCGUGCUUACCAACUUCAUCGAGAUGAACAAGCUUUGGGUACGACUCCAGCACCAGGGCCACUCGAGGGAUCGUGAAAAGCGUGAAAUGGAGCGACGCGAACUUCGGAUUCUUGUGGGCACGAACCUUGUCAGGUUAAGCCAACUGGACGGAGUCGACCUGGAGAUGUACCAGAAGACAAUUCUACCGAGCAUCUUGGAGCAGGUGGUGAACUGCAAGGAUGUUAUUGCUCAGGAGUACUUGAUGGAAGUCGUCAUCCAGGUCUUCACGGACGAGUUCCACCUACAUACCCUCGGCCCCUUCCUCUCAGCAACCGCGCAACUCCACCCUAAAGUUAACAUCAAACAAAUUGUUAUCGCCCUUAUUGACCGUCUCGCAUCCUAUGCUGCUCGUGAAGCCGAAAGUGAAGACCCAGAAGAGACUAAGCGACAGGAAGAGGCCGCCGCACGUCGACUUGCGGAGAAAGUUAAGAGUCAGAAAGCGAAGGCAAGGGAGAACGGUGCCUACCGCGCCGCGUCGCCGACAUCUCCAGCUGCGUCUGAAGUCGACGCCUGGGGUGCUCCUCCAACUCCGAUGACUGCAACCUCGACGGUCGAGUCUGAGAAAUCGCCAACUUCGGAUACGCCGACUGCUGACACGUCAUUCGACGAGAAGCUUGGCAAAGGUAAGGCGAGGGAGGGCUCGCCUGUUCGUAAAUUCCGUGGUGUGCCAGAGGACGUGCAAUUGUUCGAGGUGUUCUGGAAGCAGGUCGUCGAGCUUAUCAAGGCUCGGCCUGACUUGCUGAUACAAGACAUAACCGCCCUCCUGGUGUCUCUCACUAACUUGUCGCUCAGUUGCUACCCUGACCGACUGGAAUAUGUCGACCAAGUCCUUGGGUUCGCUGCAGAGAAGAUCAAGGAUUCCGCAGAGAGCCCUGAUCUCCACGCCCAACAAACCACUGCUAACCUUUCAGCCCUUCUCGUCGCCCCUAUUAAUUCCUACCAAUCCGUGCUGACCCUCCUCGCUAUCCCCAACUACGUGCCUCUCCUUACCAAGCAGCUCUUCUCUACUCGCCGUUCUAUUGCCCACUCCAUUGUUUCCUCUGUCCUCAAGAAUGAGACCAUCAUUGAAGCGCCAGAAGACGUGGAUGGCGUCCUCGAGCUAUGUCAUGUCCUCAUCAAGGACCAGACAGACUCUGGGGCGCCACCUGUGCCGAAUGGGCAAUUGCAAACUGUGCGCGAUCCUCGGAGACAAGGCCCAUAUUUCAUGGAGAGGGAAGAGAUGGCGGAGGAGCAAGGAUGGGUGGCGAGGAUGGUGCAUCUCUUCCGCUCGGAGUCGUUAGAUACGCAGUUCGAGCUUCUGCAAAUCGCAAGGCGGCACUUCGAUCUGGGAGGAGAGAGGAUGCGUUACACGUUCCCUGCAUUGAUCACGUCGUCAAUAAAGCUUUGCAGACGAUACAAAAACCGUGAACAUGUGGAAAACGACUGGCAAACGAAAACAUCCACGAUCCUCAAAUUCAUCCGCCAACUAACCUCCAUCCUCGCCACGACAGUCGAAGCACCCAACAUCGCCCUGCGGCUCUUCCUCCUUUCCGCCCAGAUUGCAGACGAGUGCGGCUUCGAGGACCUCGCGUACGACCUCUACGUGCAGGCAUUCAGUGUGUACGAGGACAGCAUAUCCGAAUCGCGCGCACAGCUGCAGGCCAUUACACUCAUCAUCGGCACGCUUGCCGGCGCGAAGGUGUUCAAUGUGGACAACUUCGACACGUUGAUCACGAAGGCGGCACUGCACGGCGCGAAGCUGCUGAAGAAGAGCCACCAGGCAACUGCUGUGGGCCUAGCAAGCCAUUUAUGGUGGCAAGAGGCUCCACCUGCGGCGGAGGCAGAGGGCGAAAGUGAGAAAGUGGAGAAGGCGGCUCCUACGGAGAAGCCAGCUGCCGCGAAGGAAGAUGGGGAGGCUGCUGCUGUCAAGGCUUAUCCUCAUCAAGACAGCAAGCGCGUGCUGGAGUGCUUGCAAAAGUCUCUUCGUAUCGCAAACUCGGCGAUCGAGGAGAUUGUCACUGUACAAUUGUACUGCGAUACCCUAGACCAGUAUCUCUACUACCUCGACCGGGGUGCUUCCACUGUUGCGCCCAAGUUCGUUAACAACCUCGUCGAGCUCAUCACCUCCAACAUCGACGGCAUCUCCUCGCCAGACGUGCAUCCCUCACAACGCGCACCACCAGGUCUCAUUGAAGGUGUUCAGACACCGGACAUGAUCACGAAACAUUUCCGCAACACCCUCAGCUACAUCCAGAGAAGGAAGUACGCUGCUGCGGAAGGUACCGUCGGCGUCGACCCGCGCUGGGACGAGGUCGAUGUCGUCGGUGCAUGUUUGAAGAUGGGCAUUAGCCGGUAA